CGUCUCUUCAGUCCCUUGGAGAAAACCAGGACUACACUCUGCUGCCACAGUCCCUGCACCAGAUCGCAGAGGCCUACUCUCUCCAGGAAGACUACCAGUUGGCCAUUCAGUUUCUUGAGCUGGAAAAGCUAUACCAUGAACGACUCCUGUCCAACCUCACCGCCCUGCAAGAGAACUGGGAGAGUCAACGGAAGGAGAAGAAGGGUGAUGAGGGAGCAUUGUCUUCAGAUGGAGACGCUCACGUGGGCACUCUGAGCCAAAUCUGCAGGAAUCAUCUCAGUCCAUCAUCAUUAUCCAGCGGUAACACUGAGCAGAAGACACUGGCUUCAGUAUUUAAAGACAUCCAGAACAAGAAUGAUGUGCUGAAAACCUGCCAGGAUGAAGUGGACAGGCUGAAGUCCCAGCUGAUGGAGGCCAAGGGCAGGGCUAAGUUCCCACGCUCGGACCCUGUAGAUGGCGCUGUAGAGGAGGCGUUUGAGGAGGGGCAGGAGGUGGAGGAGGAGACCACCCCAGAGGAGGAGGAUCUCAGGGUAGAGUGGCCCACGGGAGUACCCCAGGCCUCCGAGAAGGACCUCGCUAAGCUCUCCACCAAAGAAGGGAAUUCGUCCCCUGAUGGGCUGGUGUCCAUCCUGAAGAGGAGGAGGGCAUCUCUGGAUGGGCUGCCUCCUCCCAGCAGCACUGCCACGAAACACAACACAAAACGCAAAGUCCGUUUCAGCGAGCCGGACGAUGCCAUGGACCACGAUGAAGUUGGAGGGGACUCCUGUCUUAUUCUACUGUUUCUGUGUCUGGUGACUGUGGUGAUCAGCCUGGGAGGAACUGCACUCUACUGCACCCUGGUGGACACAUACUCUAACAUCUGCAUUGACUUCACUCAAAAUGCGGACUUCUACUUUUCAUAUGUGCGGAGGUUUUUCCAAGGGCUUGGACUAUUGCUGCCCUUCAGAACUUAACUGCUGAUGAAAACUGAUAAUUUUCAUUAUUAAACCACUUGUGAAAAAUCUGAAACAGUCACAGUAGCCUAAUCUCCAGCAAGCCACUCCUGACCAAAGUCCUGGCAGGUUGGCCUUUUUAAUUUAUUGCAGUGUAAAACAAUUUUAUUAGUGGUGUGUGUCAAACUUUCUGGAAAAAAAUCAAGAUGGAAAAUGCUUCUCAAUUUCAACUGGCAUACGUUUACCUACUUUAUUAUCCUGAUUGUAAUUUUUACACCGUGGCUUGGAUCCUAUCCUUUAUAAUAGAAAGAGACUAUUUGAUUUGACAUUAUUGCUGAAAGUUCAAAGUUUGUUUCUGAUAAAUAUUGAUCCUCCUCUGUAAUGUUUUUUGUGGAAGUGUGUUUAUAUAUCUACUCUCAGCUGCACUGAUACACACACUAGUGUUUGCAAACUGGCUUUAGAAAUGAUUAUGGUUAAUGGAUCAAACCAGUUAUUCUAUCUGCUUGAUCUUAGAAGGAGAGUAACCAAGUAAGUGUACUGAUACCUCAAAAUACGCAGAGGUAAAAUGUAUUUGAUUAUUUUAUUCCAGUAUGGAGUAACUUAAACUUUGAGCCAUGUUAACAUGUAAUCAAAUAAAACAAUACUAGAAAGGUUCUACAAAUUCAGAUAACAAAUUUAAGAUAACAAAAUGUAUUACUACAUUGUUUUAAUGGUUAAGGCAAUGCAUUGAAAUAUUCAACAGGGUAGCACAAGAUACUAUAUCACUUAAAUAAAAGUAAAAUAAAACAUGAUUUGGUCAUACUGAGCAUAAUUUAUUUCAAAAUGUAAAUGUAUGAUUUUCUACUACUACUGUGCUCCAUAUAACACAUAUAUAAUUGA